UUGAGCUUCCAAUAAGAGAAGAGAGUAACUGCAAAGCUGCCUCCUAGACCAUGUAAUUUACUACUGCAUUUUCCAAUGGAGAGGACAAUAUUGACACCGCUGGAUGAGGAGAAGCCUCAGAAGCGGGUGAGGUUCCGCGUGGCUUCGGGCAACAGUGGACGGGUGUUAAAAGAGAUUUUUAAAGAUGAGGGGCCAUCUGACUCAUUGGAUUCAGACUGUACGAGCAGUUCCGAUGCAGAUCGUGCAAGUACACCUUCCACUAAUGGAGAUGCUACUGGACACGGUUUUCUCUAUGGGUUUUUGGGCUCCGAGCUGGAUGACAGCGAGAGCGAGCGGGAUGAUCUGCUCAUGUAUGCUGGCUCCUCAAAGGACAGAGCACCGAUAAGCCACAAGCAUAUCAACAUCCUGAGCAAAAAUGGGACUGUGAGAGGGGUCAAGCACAAAGUCAGUGCUGGUCAGGCCUUAUUUGAAAACCUUCCCAAUGCAUGUGGGGCGAGGUUGACACUGGAGUUUGGGCGAAUAGUAAUCUACACAACAAGCUUUCGAGUAGUAAGGACUACGUUUGAGCGGUGUGAGCUGGUCCGGAAGAUCUUUUCAAACCACAGGGUCAAGUUCCUGGAAAAGAACAUAGCCCUGGACUGCGAGUAUGGGAAAGACCUUGAGGAACGAUGCAAGCGCGUUUGCGAAUCUCCUUCAUUACCAGUCGUGUUCAUCGACGGACACUACCUCGGGGGUGCUGAGAAAAUAUUGGACAUGAAUGAAUCAGGAGAACUUCAGGAUCUUCUGGUCAAAAUUGAGAGGGUACAGCACCCCCACACAUGCCAGACCUGUGGGGGCUUUGCCUUCAUCCCAUGCCCCAUGUGCCAUGGUAGCAAGAUGUCCAUUUUCCGCAACUGCUUCACAGAUUCUUUCAAAGCCCUCAAGUGCACCUCGUGCAACGAGAAUGGUCUGCAGCCCUGUUCAAGCUGCAGCAAAUGAUGACACCAAGUGCCUGAGUCCAAACAUUCAUAUCUCCUAGGGUCUUCUCUAGGGUCACACAGUUUAUAAGGUCCACAUUAAGACAAAUGUAAAAUAAGAACAAGCCCUGCUGAGAAAGCAAAUGUACCUAAUUUGGACACUGCACACAUUGGAGAUUCAUUUUUUUUCUCCAUGGGAGAUUUUCAAUAAAAUGUUUUUAAGAAAAUUUUA